AAAAAGGUGGACGGAAGGAAAGUGGUUGCAAUUGCGGGCGUCACUUGGGGAGCAUCUUUUGGGCUUGUCCCGAAGUGGGUUGAAGUGGAGAGUCCCGGGGGGCUUUUGGCUCGAGCAGAAGUUCCGGCCAGGAGAGCUCACCUCCCUCCCCUCCGGCCCCCAUGGCGUCCAGCUUAGCAGAGGACCUGCUGUGCCCCAUCUGCCUGGCCCUCUUCCAGGAGCCUCACAUGCUGCGCUGCGGCCACAACUUCUGCCUGGCCUGCCUGCGCGGCGCCGUCGCCGCCGGCCAGGAGGAGGGUUCGUGCCCCGAGUGCCGCAGCCCCUUCCAGCUGCCGGAGCUGCAGCGCAACCGAGCGCUGGGCAACCUGGCCAGGAAGGUCCGCCGCUGGAGAGGGGACGCGCCGGAGCCCCUCCUGCCGCCGGGCAGCAGCAGCAGCCUCCCCGACGCCUGGCACUUCUGCGAGGCCCACGACGAGCCGCUGAAGCUCUUCUGCACCCAGGACGAGGCGCCCAUCUGCGUCAUCUGCCGGGACCUCCCCGAGCACCGCGGCCACCACUUCUUGCCCACCCAGAACGCCGCGCAGGCGGCUCAGGGAAAAUUGAAAGCAUGCCUGAAACACCUGGAGAAGAAUCUGAAGGAGGUGGCUGAGGAUGAAAGUGAUCAGUUGAAGGAAAUUGAGGCCCUGAAGAACUGCACUGAAGGUCUUUUAGUUUCCAUUUCCAAAGAGUUUGAGGUUCUCCACCAAAUCUUGCUCAAGAAAGAACAAGGCUUUAAGCUGUUGGUAGAGAAGAUGAGCGGGGAGAACAUGGAGAAAAUGGAGGAUUCCUUAGACUCCCUGAAAGAAGAAGUGUCUUCACGUACGGAGACCAUUGCCAAAGUCAAAGCUGCAUUAGAAGCAACAGAUGAUGUUGCAUUCCUGAAGGACCUCAAGGAGCUGAUGAAGCUAGUCAAGGAGGAUUUCCUAGAAGAGGAUGAGGAAACUGAGGAGGAAUCUGACGAUGAAGCAGAAGAGAAGUCUGAUGAUGGAGCAGAAGAGAAGUCUGAUGAUGAAGCAGAAGAGAAGUCUGUUGAAGAUGGCAGUGGUGAGGAAAUAGGCGAAGAGAGUGACUGGGAAGAUGACGAGGAUUAUGAACCAAAUGAGACCAGUCUUGAUUUUGAUAGGGUGAUUCCUGUGGAGCUAGCUCUUGAGAACUUUGGAGAGUCUUUGGACUUUAAGAUCUGGGAAACAAUGUUGGAGGAUAUUGAACUCAGGAAAAUAAAUUAAUUCUUUCCCCAGGACAGUAAAGUGCUGUUGGUAAUGAGAAAACUAAAUCCUUGUGUCAAACCAGUGACUUUGGUUUUGUUCCCUAACCUGCCAAAAGGAUCACCAAAGAAAGCUAGAAUAUUAAAUUGAAAAUACAGUUUUUGCAUGCUUUACUCAAGAACUCUCUUUGAGGAUUUUUGUUUUAUUUUUUGUAACCCCAUUUAAGGGUAAUGGCGUUAUAUUUUUAAUGUUAUGCAGGGAAAGCCAAUAGAAAGUCUUCAAUGGGAGUUAAAUGUCUACAGCUGGUCUUAAAAGUCUUCUAUUGGUGAUGGUGUCCUCUAUGUAGUUAAAAAUGUUACAGGCACUAAGGAAAAACUCUGUGGGUCUGCAUAACAUUUUUUUUAUUUCAAAAAGUUAAAUAAAGUAUCAGAUGCGAAACAAA